AUGACAGUAAAAACUAUGUCAAAGUUAUUACCACUAUUUCUUGAAGGUGAAGUGGUUAAAGGAUUUGGAAGAGGAUCCAAGGACCUUGGGUGCCCAACAGCAAAUUACCCAUUGAAAGUGGUGCAAUCUUUGCCCAAAGAACUGGAGCCAGGGGUGUAUUAUGGAUGGGCACAAGUUGAUAAAGGUUCAGUCCUGAAAAUGGUUGCCAACAUUGGUUGGUGCCCGUUUUACCAAAACAAACAAAUGUCAGUGGAAACUCACAUCAUCCAUAAAUUUAGUGGUGACUUCUAUGGGUCAAUCCUCAAAAUAUGUUUAGUUGGUUACUUGAGGGGUGAGAAAAAUUUUAGUUCUCUAGAUGACUUAAUAGGGGCUAUCAAGCAAGAUAUAUUAGAUGCUGAAAGACUCCUGAAUGAAGCACAAGAGCUCAAGACCAGUAGUUUCUUUACACAUGCAAAUAUAAAAUGA